GUGUUUGGAAGCGCAUCACAAGCAGGCUGGUGGCAUGUUAAACAAUCUGGCGCUGUAUGUGUAAAAGAAGAACAAGUGUGAGAGUAAGAGUAAGUGAAUUUCUUCCAACAACGACCUCUUGCCAGGCACAUCAAUCAAUCAAUCAAUGAACGUCAGCGCGAAAAGUAGUGAAGGAAGUAGAAAGUUUAGUGUAGUGAAGGAGCGAAUAAGAAGGUAGAAGGUACUUAGGACUAGUGCGUAGGAGAGACCUCGUUUCUGGAUAUAUUAAUGCUGAAAGACAAGACCUCGAAUAAGAAAAUUAAGAGGGGUUGUAGAGGAUCAAGGUUAGCCUCUACUUUCGGUGAAUCCUACUACUUAGAAGAUUUAAUCGAUUUUCAAGCUGCUCCUGAUUCCUCUUCCCCGCUACCAGCUCAACCGAGAGCUGCUGCAGCAGUUCAUACGAAGCAAGCAAGAAAGCAGUCUAGUAGUGGGUCGGCAGAAAGAGAUGCGUCUUUGAUGCACGUGCAGGAGCUACGGGACAAAGUGAGGAUGGCCUUAGCUGAAAGCUGUGUGGAACAAGAAAGCGAAGGAGGAGAAGAGGCCAAGGUGACGACGUUGGCGGACAUGCGAGCCGGUAAAGGGAAGUGGUUGAGACAAAAGGAGGCCAACAUGCACAAUUAUACAUUAGAGUAGUUUAUAGAACGGAUGUAGGAUGGACUUGGAUGGAUCGGAUGGAUCGGAUGGACCCCCCUGAUUCUUCCGAUCCUACUUGAAAUGGUGGAAAGUCCAUCUUCCGUUCCAUCCGAUCCAUCCCAUCCCGGAUCUGGCACCUCUAUAAACUGCUCUAAAUUACAUGUUGGGGGACGUGCAACGCCGUAUUUUGUGCAGCAGGAGAAUUUAGUACGUGGUCGGAGGAGAGUAAGGACAACAGAGAAGAUACGACAGUAGGUCCAUCGAUCGCGCCUCUUUCAGAGAUGAUGGCCCGCAAAGUGAUCAAGAACUACGACAAGCUGGUGGAUCAAGAAGAAGAGAAGAACAAAAUAGAAGAGGUGAAGAAAGCCUAUAGAAAGAACUCGAUCAACGUAAUAUUAACUACUUACAAAGAAGAUCUGAUGAAGACUCAGAGAAAUGACACAAAGCGAGGACGGACGAGUAAAUCCAGCCUCCUCCAUAGCUAAGAUGUUCUUGUAAACUUUAGCUCAUCGCCGGGUUAUCCCUUGGGGUCUGGUCUCAAAGCUGAUUUGGCAGGUCAGAUUGGAGACACAUGACAUGACAUGUCGCACGACAUAGCGCUACGUCGAACC